AUGUCUCGGAUUGAAGGAUCUUCUACAAAUGGAGCCGUUUCUAUUGCGGUGCCCCCAUUGUACUGCGGCUCGGGCAGCAGCUCGCCUGAUUGCUCGUCCAGCGAGGAGAGCGCAGUGCCCUACGCCAGCGAGAACAGCGACCCUCGACCUGAUGACGGUUACGAGGUAAUGGCAGAUAUUGAAAUCGGCAAAGUGGAUGCGACUACAUAUUUGAAGACAGAGAAAUUAUCGGAAUCGCUGUCCAUGUUAAAUAAUGGUUCAUAUAUGCAGACACAAGAUGUGAUAAGCUCGGAGUGCCCCGAGUACGGCAAGGGCGCGGAGCUGGCGCACCCGGAGCUCUGCGUCAUCGUCGUGGACGUACUGUCGCAGCUCAUUGACAAGCUCCUGGCGCAGUCGCCGAUGGACCGGCAGCAGAGCGAGGAGGUGUCGCGCGUGUGCGGGGCGCUGGCGCGGGCGCGCGGUGCGCGCGGUCUGCUGCGCCGUCUGCUGGCGCCCGCGGCGCCCGCCGCGCGCCUGCUCGCGCGCGACGACCCCGCCUACACCGAGCUGCAGCGCAGCGUGCUGGAGCUGGCGGUGUCGGCGGCGGCGCGCGGCGUGGAGGCGGGCGAGGUGGCGGCGCUGCUGCGCCUGUUCGCGGCGCCGCACGCGCCCGUGGCGCUGCUGCUGCCCGCGCUGCGCCGCCUCGUGCCGCCGCGCGCGCACACGCCCGACUGCGCACUCGUCUUCCCCAUCACGCCUGACCCCGUCACGGAGGACUACCCACUAGAUGAGCCGGUGGGCUCGUCGUACGCGCAGCAGGCGGAGCAGGCGGCGCGGCGACUGCGCCUCGCACACUUACGCGCUGGUAACAUU